CUCCGGUGAACUCACCACCUACAAGUUUGACAGCUCAGCUCUUCUAUUGCUCACACACACACACACACACUCCGCAGCAGCAACAGACACACACACACAGACACAACACUGGAUUGUCCUCCUUAUUCCUCCCUUUAUUUAUAUUGUUCUCAUUUUUUUGUUGGACUAUGUGCGUUUUGCGUCUCCUGCUGGAUGUGAGGAAUUUCAUGUGUCCGUAGGUUCGGUCACUUCUCCUCUUUUUUUGGAUCUUUUCUUUUUGUCAUUUUUGUUUGGCGUUGGUGUGAGUGAGUGUGUGUGUGUGGGUGUGUGAGUGUGUGUGUGUGAGUGAUUCCUUCUUGUGGCUCGGGCGUCGUGAGGGAUCUAAACAUGUCGAAGAACGCGGAGGAGGUGAACAAGCUCACCGAAGGCACAUACAAGACUGUGAUGGAUCAGUUCAACCCAGGCCUGAGGAACCUGGUCAACAUCGGCAAGAACUAUGAGAAAUCAGUGGCUGCAAUGAUCCUGGCGGGGAAGUUGUAUUUUGAUGCAAUGUCUAAGAUCGGGGAGAACGCUGCAGUGUCUCCUGUCUCCAGAGAAUUAGGUGUUGUGCUGAUGGAAAUCUCCGAGGUCCACAGGAAGGUUCAUCUCGAGCUGGAGGAGAAUUUCAAGAGGUUCCACAGGGAGAUAAUAACCGAGCUGGAGAAAAAGACGGAAAUGGACGUCAAAUACAUCACAGCCACGUUCAAGAGGUAUCAGAUGGAGCACAAGAUGAAGCAGGACUCUCUGGAGAGGUCCCAGUCGGAACUGAAGAAGCUCAGAAGAAAGAGCCAAGGCAAGAACGCCAACAAGUACGAGAGCAGGGAGAGCGAG